UAUUAAAUCACCGCGGUCCCUUACGUCAGGAAUUCUCCCUUUUGAGUAAACGCGAGCCGACCAAAAUCUUCAUCGCGCCUUUAUUUUUUAUUUUUUUUUAAAGAAACGUGUUGAUGGUUUAUUUGCCUCGCAUAAAGGGACUCGCGAGAGAAUGUCCAAGUAACAAUAUGUUUCCUCGCAACAUUUAAUUUCCGCAGAUUUUAAAAAAAAAUUUAAAACCCCCCAGAUAUUAAAACCUCUCUAAAGUGUCAUUCGACGUUUCGGGGAUGGCGUGCGCAGUGGCCACCCCGGUGCCGGAGCCUAGCGGGGACUUCCCGGCGUGGCUGGAGGCGCAGGGCGUGAACGCGGAGGUGGCCCGGGCCAUGGACUCUGAGCUGGGCAUCCGAGACUACGGGGUCCUGCGCGCCUGCGUCGGGGACGGCCUCGUGCGGGCCGAGCUGCUGGCCGCGGCGCGCGACCGCCUGCCCUUCGGCUUCUACGCCGUGCUGCGGCAGGUGGUGAAGGCCCUGCGGGGCGCCGAGCACCACGACGCUGGGAUUCCGCGCUGGGACGCCGCCGCUUCCUUUCCCGGCGACGUGACCCUGGGAGGCCUGGUGGAGGUGCUGCUCGCGCUGUUCAGCGGCUUGAGCCGGGAGCUGCUGCUGUCCGUGCAGAGGCUGGAUGAAAUGGACAAUCCCAAAUAUGUAAUGGCUUCUUCAUUGCCAAGUGCUCCCAGACCUGAAGAUGGGACACUGGAAUUUGACCAUGAUGAGCCAGACCUAAGAUCAUUUUCAGCCAUGGAUGAAACCAAACCCAACAAUUCAGUGGUGCAGAUUAAAAUGGAGCCUUUGGAAGAUGAGCGAGAAGAGAGAUUGACUCCAACCAUGGAUGACACCAAACCCAACAUUGCAGUGGUACAAAUUAAAACGGAGCUUCUGGAAGAAGGUCAAUGUCUCUUGAAUGGCUGUCCUGAGCUCAUCGUCCAGAAAGCGAAGACUCCACCAGAUUUGAGAACAAACCUUGCUCGCACAGCCGCCGCCCACCCGUUUGCGUGGCCACAACCGAACGGCAUUAUAACAGAUGGUGAGCCAGGAGAGAGGACAUCACCAACAAUGGACGACACCAUACCUAACCUUGCAGCCGUACACAUUGAAAUGGAGCCUUUGGAUGAUGAAUGUCACGUGGACGGCCGCCCUGAGAUCGUCCAUAGGGCGACAUCACCACCAGAUUUUAAACGAAAUUUUGUGCACACAGCUGCCGCCCACCCAUAUGCGUGGCCAAAACCUGAAGCUGUUGAAAUGCACGGCGAAGAAAUCGCUGUCAUUCCUUCUUCCCAAACACUGACGCAGCAACAGCAACUUGCAUUUUCUCAGAGGGAGACAAUUGUGAACGCUGUCUCAACGAACAACAGUGCGAUGUCUUCCGUCCUCGAGGAUGAGACGUUCAAGUUUAAUCUCAAAGCGACUCAGCCAGAGGUUGCAGCUGAAAAGCGUCACCGGUGCGAACUGUGCGGCAAGACCUACUCGCUGGCGUUCAACUUGAAGCGCCACACGUACGUACACACGGGCGCGUGGCCCUGCCGCUGCAAGGUGUGCGGGCACGGCGUGUUGCGCGCCAGCGACCUAAAGGAGCACAUGCGCGUGCACACGGGCGAGCGGCCUUUCUGCUGCAACGCGUGCGGGCAGUGCUUCACGCGAGCCUGGCACCUGAGGUCUCACGAGCGCACGCACACAGGCGAGAAGCCGCACCGCUGUGGCUUGUGCGGCAAGGAGUUCACGCGAUCCAACGGGCUGCGGUUGCACCAACGCAAGCAUGCGGGCGACAAGAAGUAGGGUGGCGGAGAUGGGUAGGGCAACGCGUGCUUUUCCGAGCCGACGUCCGUGAUCGACGACGAUGCGGCGUUUUUAACGUUUUUAAAGAGGAGCGUUCGUUUUAACCAAGAUGAGAACCAAUCCCUGGGACGAGGCCAUUCAUGUUGGAAUGCUUGUCUCUUAUUUUUAAGAGGUGGUUCCUUUUGAGACAUGGGACAUCGGAAAGGUAACCAAAAGACGUCCGAAGAUUUGGAAAGAGUGAGAAGGGUUUUGGCUUGAUGGGUUCAAACUUGGUUACAAAUAAAUGCCAUUUUUUAUUACAUGUAGCCAUGGUACACAAUCGCAAUAUUAUGACGACAUUCGUAGCCACUUUUUUUUUCAAUGCCUUACGCAAACGUAUCUAAAUAUCAUCAAAGCAUCACUGACUGGUACAUGAAUCAUGUAGAAUUUUCACAAGUUGUUUUAUGGUAUUGUGCUCUGAAAAAUGUUAGUUCAUCAUCAUCGUCGUCAGUCAUGAUCGUAUAGUUUAUACAGAUCAUCGAAUUGUACAAAAUUAUUGUGAAGUGUUUUGGUUAUAAUUGCAGUUGCAGAAUAAAAUUACACUUAAGUAUA